AUGACAAACGAAUCAUCUGAAAAAGAAUUAGAUAAAAUAUCCACUGAUCAGUAUGGUAGAAAGAAAUGGAAUGUGGACUUAUAUGAAAAAGAGGCUAAGGAUAGAACGAAUCAGUCAACUGAACCCUCUAAUGCAACAACAACUAACCAGAUUAAUGAUCAUUCAUCCUCAUUGGAAUAUAUAGAACAUCGAAACAAACUAUUAAAUGAUCUGAUAAAUGCAGUCAAGCAAUAUAGCUUGAUAAAUCCACAAACCUCCACAUCAACGAUAACGUUUGGCAAGAAUAAAAGAUUUGGGUUUUUCUGUCCCAUAUGUGAUGUUUCAUUCAGAGACAAUUUAUUAUUGAUUGAUCAUUUAAACUCACCUCAACAUGUAAGCAAAGCUAGACAGAUGAAUACAGAUGCUGAAAAUAGUACUGAGGAAGUCUUCUUAGAGAAUGGCAUUCGAAGGGCAUCAUUGAAGGAAGUGAUACUGACAAUGGAGAAACUCGUAGCCAAAAGCAUAAGUGAAAAGGGUAAUUCUGAAGACGGAGCAACAGGACUAACGUUCAAGCAACGUGUAGAGAAAAGAAGAGAGUAUGAAAAUAGAAAGAGAAGUAAAAGGGCGGAACGGAAACAGGUUCAAAGGCAACGUAAGAAACACAAGAAAAGUGACGAUACAGAGACUAAUGCUAAAAUCAACGAUCUUAUGGGAUUUAAUAGUUUUGGAUCAACGAAACUUACCUGA